GGGAAAGCGAGCCCCUGCAGCCAGAGAGAGAGGGCUGACCCGCCACUAAUUCCUCUCCUCCUGCCAUGUACCAAGAUGCAGUUGGAGGAGGGGGCGGAGGCGUGGUGGAGGAGGGGGAGGCAGCCGAGUACCACAUCAUGUACAGCCACUAUGACCCCCUGCCAACCCCCACCCCCCAGGACACCACCACCACCGCCCUCAAGCUGGGGCAGGCUGGCGCCAAGGACAGACCCCUGGCCAGCGUUACCCUGGCCGGGGGCACGGCGCUGGUGCCGGGCGCUGAACUGGUGGACGUCCCUGCCCUCUCUGCCUCCCCCCCAUGUGGGGCGGGAGGGGGCGGGGCGCUGGCCGUCACCACCGAGGGGUUGGGGGUGGCAGGGCAGCGGCACCACUCCCCUGUGGCGGUUGGGGGCAUGGAGGCAGCGGCAGCAGCACUUGUCACCUCCAUGGUGGCCCCAGGGGAGUGUGAGGGUGGUGGCAGUGGUGGCAGGAAGGUGAUCGUCAAGCUGUUCAACAGCAACACCUUCAGCCUGGACAUCAUCACCGACAGCGACGGGGAGGCGGCCAUGGCCCCCCACCACGUGCUGACCAGGGGCAGCGCACUAGUGCACGCCAAACUGUCUAGCGGCACCAUCUUCCCCGCCGAGGACCAGGCAGGGGACGGGGAGGAGGGGGGGCUGGUGGUCCCCCCAGCACAUGCCCCUGCCCAGGUGGCACAAGAGGAGGAGGCGGAGGCAGCAGCCCUGCCCUGCCGGGUGAUGUGGACCUGUGCAUACUGUAGUGUGAUGCUGGCCACCUCAGAGGCCAUGGCAGCCCACCAGCAGGUGUGUGCCAAGGCCCUGGGGGACCUGCCACCGCUGCACACUGGCACCUCCCAGACCACCGUGGACGCACUCAUGUCCCCAUUGCGGCCACAGGAGGAGCCAGCCUACCACCUCAAGCUGGAGGGCGCCGCCGAAAGCCACGAGGUCACCACCACCACUGCCAGUGAGGAGGGCGGCAUGGCGGAGGUGGUGGCGGUGUGGGUGUGUGCCGUGUGUGAGGAGGAGUUUCCUGACCCUGGUGCUCUGGGCCACCACCUGCCCUCACACUCUGUCCACCAGCUGGCUGCCGCGCUGCUGCAGUUGGCCACGCCCCACCAGAGGGUCAGGCCAGCAGUGGCGGCCACUGCCCCGGACACCGCCACCCCCACCACCCCCUCCACCACCACCACCACCACAGCCACCAGUACCCCUGCGUCCCCAGACCGCCGGGCCCUUGUGGCUGUGGCCAGCCCCACCUGGCCCAGUGGCCAUCCGGACAUCAAGAUGGAGGAGGAAAACGUGGACAACCCUGGAGACACCCCCCCCCAGACACCCCCCCAGGACAAGCCCCUGGCCAGGCGGGCACGGCGGCGCCCUGGGCCCAGGCCCCAGGACAGGCUGGAGCGGAAGAGGAAGUACACAAGGAGGAAGAAGGAGGAAGAGGAGGAGGUUGUGGCGGAGGAGAACGAGGCAGAGAGUCAGGGCAAGGAGUACAGGAGCAUCACCACCACCUCCAUCAUCACCCCCAUAGCCACCACCUCCACCACCACCACCACAGGCCAGGGAGCUCCAGCUGGCCCCAGCAGCAGCAGCAGCAGCUCGGGGGGGCGAGGGAGCAGGGACCCCCACCACUGUGAGGUGUGCAACAAGAAGCUCUCCUCACGUGGCAACCUGGCCAAGCACCUCAUCCGCCACCGCACCAAGAAGCCCUUCGAGUGCAGCCUCUGCCACGCCUCCUUCAACGCCAAGCGGGACUGUCGCAACCACUACCUGCAGCACCACACCACCGAGCGCCCCAACCGUUGCCACAUCUGCGGGAAAAGCUACGUGGACAAGAGCUACCUCCUCGCGCACAUGGUCUUCCACCGCGACCAGAAGGCAUACACAUGCGAGCUGUGCGGCAAGAAGUUCAACACGUCACGCUGCGUCACCCGGCACAAGAAGCGGCACCAGGAGGAGAAGCGCUUCGUGUGCGACAUCUGCUUCAGGCCGUUCGCUGUCAAGGGUGACCUGACCUCACACAAGCGUAAAGUCCACAGCAAACAGACCCAGGGAGCAGGAACAGCCAGAACGCAACCACAACCACAACAACAGCUGCUACCCAAUCCACAGCAAACACAGCCACACCUUUCACUCACAGCCCAGCAGCCACCACCACAGACAGACACACACACACCACACACCACACAAGGCAAGGUCAAGGAGCUCACAGACUUCAUCCUCCCAGAAGUGGUCGCCUCUCCACACAUCCUCCCUGACCAACUCCUGCCCUCGGACCUCUCAGGGGGGGGCGGUUUGGGGGGCGCCGUGACCUCCAAGGGCGGAAUAUUCAUCAGUGGUGACCCUCUUGCUGUGACCUCCCUGAUCGCUGGGGGGGAGGGGGACAAUGGGGCGGGGUGCUCAUAUGGGGUGACCUUAGCACCGACGGGGGGUGGGGGGCCAGGCAGGGGGGAUGUGGUGGGGGGCGAGGGGCAGCCGGCCUACAUCAUGAUCAACAGCGGUGGCAGCUCAGCGGAGAAGGGCGUAGCGACCACCACCGCCGGCCUCAGCAUCAUGUACACCAGCGCCCCGACCCUCACCCAACAGGUUGGGGAUUUGGACGACAUUCAGCAGCUGUCUACAUCAGUGGGGCCGAGCCUGGUGGGGGGGGAGGGCCAGCUGGACCUAGCAAGCCACCUGGAGGGCCAGCACCACACCCAGGACCACGGCACUGCUUCCCUGACUGCUGGUGACGGAGGAAUGACCACCACACACAGGGGAGAUCUGGGCCUGGGGGGCAGUGAGGGGGGACCUGGGGGGGUGCUGGUGGGGGGGGAGGACGGCCACAACCCCCCCAGUGCGCAUGACCCCAACUCAGGCUUCCCCCUCGAGCUCAUCUCUCAGACCUACCAACUUGACCUCCAGAGAAGUCAACCAACUGCCUCCUACCUGGGCUGAGAGAGAGAGAGAGAGAGAGAGAGAGAGAGAGAGAGAGAGAGAGAGAGAGAGAGAGAGAGAGAGAAUAAUAUGCUCUAUGGAUGAGUAAGAAAAAUGUGAUGAUGGAAGGGAAAAGAGGAAGGAAGGAAAGAAAAGGGAAAGAGGAAAGAAGACAAAAUAAAAGGAGAGAGAAUGUAGAAAAAGAAAAAAAGAAAGGAGUCACAUUAGUCUGAGAGAGAGAGAGAGAGAGAGAGAGAGAGAGAGAGAGAGAGAAUGUUGAAAAAAAAGGAAGAAAGUCACAUUAGUCUAAAGGAGAGAGAGAGAGAGAGAGAGAGAGAGAAUGUACAUAUUUAUCGACGUACAUGUGUAUAUUUAUUUUUGUUUCCAUGUUGUCGCAGAUUAUUUA